AUGCUAAGCCUACGAACUUGCCAAAGACAAUUUGCAACUGCAACGAUUUUAAGGGCUGCAAAACCACCACCAGCUAGAGGGAAAGUUCAAGGGUUUUCUAGAAAAAAAUUUAAAGCUGGGGAUAAAGACUCUUCUAAGAAAAUAUCGCGUGGUACUCUUUACAAAAAUUGGAAAGAUACUGUUCAAACUGCCAGAUUAAAUAAAAAUGCCCCCAGAGUCCCUGAUAUGCCCACCUGUAAAUUAGAUAAUUUAGAAAACAUUAAAGAAUCAUUGAACAAAGUGGUUAACUACACUGACAGGCAAUAUAAAUAUCUACAUGUGUUAGGUGCAUUUAAGAAGGAUCAAUUUAAUGAGUUAUUUAAACAACCAAUAACUUUGAUCAGAAAAGAUACUACUGAGGAAUUUAUUAAAUUAAUCGAAUCAUCGAAAAUAAAAAAUUACAUAAUUACUGGAGAACCAGGUGUAGGUAAGUCUGUAUUACUGUCUCAAACUCAAGCGUAUGCUAUAGAAAAUAAUUUUAUUACCUUAAAUGUCUCAUAUCCAAAUUUAUUCAUUAAUGGGAGAAAUGAUUUUUUCUUUGAUCAAACUGCAAAUACAUAUUUCCAACCAAUGUAUCUAAAACAAUUAUUAUCCAAAUUGAAAAACUCAGCAGAUGCUAAAGUUUACGAAUCAUUGUUAUUGAAGAAUAAUUACCGUUUCUUAGGUGUUAUAUCUUCCCUAAGUUCUACGCAUAAAACAGUUAAUUUCGAAAAAGGAAAGAAUUCUGUUUUGGAUCUAUUAAAUCUGAACAUACAGCCUCGUCAAAGAGGUAUGUUAUUUCAAGCUAUCAUAGACGAGUUAUCAGCACAAGAUAAGUAUCCAGUACUCCUUACUAUUGAUAACUUCUCAUCAUUAUUAACGAAUCCAUACACUGCUUACAAAGAUACAAGCAACAAAAACAUAUUUUUAAUGGAUUUACAACUUGGAAAAAUUCUAAUGAACAUUAUUGAAGGUAAAAUUAACUUUAAAAAUCCAAAGAGUGCUGUUGUUUUAGCUAUUUCGGGGGUUGAUAGAACUAAUCAAACUUUACCAGUGGGUUUAGGUAAACUCGAAGAGGACGUUUACGUUAAACCAAAAUAUUAUGAACCAAGAUUUUCCAAAAUACUUCAAAAUGGUGGUGUUCAGGAGUUUGAGGUUCCAAAGCUAAAUAAAAGUGAAGUUUCUCAGCUGAUAGAUUUUUAUAUCAAGUCUGGAAUCGUAUCUGAAAACGAUGUUGAAAAAACUAAUGAAACCACGAAAUUAAUCGAUGAAAAAUAUAUAAUAUCAGGAAAUGGUAACCCUAGGGAGUUGUUAAAAAGUUUUGUAUUAAGUCAUUCAUAA